CUAUUGUUCUGAGCUUGUUUUGGGAGGCAUGGCUGCUGGUCCUAGGACUCCAUCUGAUUCAUCUUGUUGUACAGAUAUCACUGAUCCUCUCUAUAAAGAGCUCUGGCAUGCCUGUGCUGGCCCCUGUGUUACCAUGCCAAGGAUUGGAGAGCGGGUGUUUUACUUCCCGCAGGGUCAUAUAGAGCAGAUUGAAGCAUCAAUAACCAAAUACCUAGACAUCAAUAACCAGGAAGCUGAACAACAGGUGCCUUUGUAUGACCUGCCCUCCAAAAUUCUUUGCCGGGUGACGAAUGUGUUGCUGCAGGUUGAACAAGACACCGAUGAACUGUUUGCUCAUAUUACCUUGGUUCCGGAGACAGAGCAGGAUGACUGCUCCACCGAUAUGGAUCCUCCGCGUCCACCCCCUCCACCCCCUCCAAGGCCUUCUGUGCAUUCCUUUUGUAAGACUCUCACACUUUCUGAGACAAGUCCACGUGGAAUUUUAUCUGUUCCCAGGAGACAGGCUGAUAAAUGCCUCGCACCUCUGGACAAGAAUCAACAACCUCAAGAAUUAGUUGCCAAAGAUCUACAUGGAAAUGACUGGCGUUUUCGGCAUAUCUAUCGUGAUGAGAAAAGGAUACAUUUGCUGACAGUUGGGUGGAAAGUCUUUGUUAACUCCAAAAGGCUUGUAGCAGGAGAUGCGUUCAUCUUUCUCAGGGAUGAAAAUGGCGAAUUACGUGUACGGGUCAGGCGUGCCAUGUGUCAGCAAAGUAACAUUCCAUCCUCAGUUAUAUCCAGUGGCAGAAUGCAGAUUGCUGUCCUUGCAGCUGCGUCACAUGCCAUUUCAAGGAGGACUAAGUUUAGUGUCUACUACAAGCCAAGAAAUAGCCCGUCAGAAUUCAUUAUUCCUUAUGACCAAUACAUGGAGGCCAUGAACAGUAAUUUCUUAGUUGGCAUGAGAUUCAGGAUGAGAAUUGAGGGAGAAGCAGCUCUGGAGCGACGGUCUUCCUAUUGA